AUUUUUUUUUAGAAUUAAAACAAAAUUCUUUUUAUAUGAGAUAGUGCAUACGUAUGGAGUAUGGACUAAAAACUGAAUAGGUAUCUAAACUUUUUUUUUUUUUUUUUUUACAACGGUAUCUAAACUUUUAAAUUACAAAUUAUAUACGUACAUAUAUUAAUUAUAUAUAAUAUCUAAAUAAGCAAAUAUUCUAAAAUUAAUAUUUAUAAAUUGAAUUACCAAAAAACAAAUUAUUAAAAAUUAUCUGAGUUAUAUGAUAUGAGAGAGUUUGUUUUUUCAAAUUAGAUCGCUGAAGAAUUUCAAUCUCGUAAACAAAUCAGCUUAUCAGAAUUAAAUUAUUUUUUUGUCAACCUUUUUUUCAUCAAACCCAAAUGGGUUUUUUUUUAACUAAAGGCUUUCAAUUUAAAACUUAAACUAUUACAAGAUAAGAUUGGAAAUCUUAUAGUUUGGAAAAGCUGGAAUGAAACAAGUUUCAUGUAAGAGUGAAUCUCAAACCAAUGAAACAACAAAGGUUGAGACUAGAUAAACCACUGAUGGUGAAAAAGACACUAGCUAAUGAUAGGAGCCACGGCCUCGUCGGCCACGGUUUCCUCUCUCUCGGACUGUCUUCCACUCCAUGUUUUGGUACUUGAUGGGAGGCUUUGACUCUCUCCCACCUCUAGUCAAGCUGAACGAGUUUGAAGGCUCAAUUUCAGCUUUAUUCACUUCUUCUAACACUGUAAAACGAGAAGGACUCUCAAAGGCACAAUGAUUAGUUGAUGUGGUUAAAGGAUCAAUAACAGAGGACUCUAGGACCUUGUUAUUGAUAAUACUUGAUGGAGAGGUUUCCAUAAUCUGUGAAUAAGUGGGAGUAGACUGUGCAUCUACUAAUAUGGAGUAAGCAGAAACUGAGUUAAGCGGAACAAUGGGCUUCUCUUGUUGUGAAUGAGAAGAAGGAGAUAAAGUUUCAAGCACAGCGACAAGGCGUACCUCUUCUAAGACGUGGCCAGACUCUGGAGUAGGAAUCAAUAGGUUUUCAAUAGCUUUUGGAUCCUUUGGAUGCAUAGUCGAUGAUGGUGAAGCCGAAGUAUCCUUUUCAUGUAGAAUAAGAUCAAUAUCCACAACAGGGAUCUCACUAGGAACAUCUUUUGUCUGUGGCAGCACGCCUGAAUCGUUAGCCGGCUUAGAAGGUAAGAGGCAUCUCUUUGCUUUGUGGCCAAGUCUACCACAUCUUUCACACGUAGAUGGAACCCAAAUGGGUUUUGUUUAAAGGUACAAUGCAUUAAAGAGCAAACCCAAACGUAAAAUUACAAAAUAAGAUCAAAGGCUAGUGAAAAACACUUGUAAUUAAUAUGUUGAGAGACUAAUCACAAUUAAUUACAAUGGAAUAAUCAGAAAGAAAUAAAAAUAUCUAAUCUAUUAAAAGAGGAGUACAAAAUUAGAUUAUCCCUUAGUUUUCCAUUAUAUUUACAAUGACAUGCCACUGGAGUUAUUAAUUAACCUACCUUUUAGGAUUUUUGUCUUUUCUCUUCAAUUAAUGUAUUUCCAAAUCAAAUUCUAGCUAAAAAUAAUGGCAACAAUAAUUAAUAAACCUAGAUUUUAGUAUUCUUUGUUUUUUCCUAUUUAAUAUGUGUGUUUUAAAAUAAUUAAUUCCAUAUAUACAUUUCGCAAUUACAUACAUUAUAUGUAAUUAUUUUACUAAUUCCACAUAUACAUAAUAAAUAGUACUCUCUCUGUUUUUUAUAUAAGUCGUUUAGAAGAAUUUUUAUGUUCCAAAUUAUAUGACGUUUUCGGUUUUCAAUAUAAAAUUUAUUAACACUUAAUGUUAUAUGACCAAUGAUAAUAUACUUUCUAUUUUAUUUUUGGUUGAUUUGUGUUUAGAUAAAUAAUUUAAUGAUGUUUUUGUUUAGAAAAUAUAAAAACAUUAAUGAUUUCUUAAUCUAUGUACACAAUUCUAAAAUGACUUAUAUUAAAAAACAUAGGGAGUAUACAACAAUUUUCUUAUACAUAAUCAUAAAAUUUUGAAAUGUCAUAUUAAAAAAAAUUAUUGUGUUUAGAAAUGUCAUAUUAAAAAAAAAAAUAAACGGGUAAAUUUUAAAAUAUAUAUUAUCACUUAUACAAAUAUAUAUUCAUUUAUGAAAAAAACUAACAUCCGCGCGGGUGCGCGGGUCAAGCUCUAGUACAAAGUUAAGGGAAGAAAAUAUCUCGUAAAAUUUCCGUGAUUAUGUUCCAUUAGGGGAUCCUUUCCUAAUAAGAUGUGUAUAUAUAUAACCUGAACCACAGAAGGUGUAAAACAUCAUAUCAGUAAAAAUGAACAAUCUCUCAAUCUUUCUAUGUGUUGUCUUCUGCAUGAUUAGCCAUAUAUAUGGCGACAUCAGGAUUGCGAACGAACUCAAAUUCAAUAAAUAUCUGUGGAUAAGUUGUUUCUCCGGAGACGACCGAAUGGAGCCAGUGAUUAAAAAACCAGGAGAACACCAUCGUAUUUACUUCCGCACCAACUAUUGGGGGACAACGCGUUUCAUGUCUACGUUGAGACAAGGACCUAACUAUAGACACUCUCGGAGCUUCACAGCUUUCAAACAGGUAAGUCCCAGCGAUAGGGGAGCCUUGUGGGAUUGGAGAGCCAGAGAAAAAGGUAUCUAUUUGAAAGUGUGGGAGGACGAAUUUUCUCAAGGCGAGACCAAUAUGCAUAAGGCGUUUGAUUGGAUUUACUAGUUUGUAAUAAUUUUAUCACACAUAUGAAAAUCAAAGUUUGUAAAUACUCUUCAUUAAUGCAAGAGAAUAAUCAUUCUAAGGACUACCAUUUAACACAAGAAGUUAUAUGUUGCUCCUUAUA